UUUAUUUUUAGCCUGUGACUACGAUUCUCAGUUUAACAGCUGCUGGGCUUUUGUGUCUGAGAAAAGUAUUGUCUCACUGAUUUUCUUUUCUUUUUACAAAACCACAAAAGCUUUAACUGAGGGACUGCUUCAAUGGGUAAUUACAAAUCAAGGCCAACACAAACAUGUACAGACGAAUGGAAGAAAAAAGUCAGUGAGUCAUAUUCUGUAAUAAUAGAGAGGCUGGAAGAUGACCUACGAAUCAAAGACAACGAGUUGAUGGAACUGAAACAUGUUUUCAGCUCGGAUGAAGCAUUCAAUAAAGUCAACUUGAAUUAUCGUACAGAAAGUGGGUUGUCUCUGCUGCAUCUCUGCUGCAUAUGUGGAGGGAACAAAGCUCACAUCAGGACCCUCAUGCUCAAAGGCUUGCGACCCUCGAGACUGACGCGAAAUGGAUUCACCGCCCUGCAUCUGGCUGCUUACAAGGAUAAUGCCGAGCUGGUGACAGCACUGCUACAUGGGGGUGCUGACAUCCAACAGGUGGGCUACGGUGCGCUUACUGCCCUACAAAUUGCCACUGUCGCCGGGCACCAUGAGGCUGCAGAUAUUCUUCUUCAGCACGGGGCGUAUGUGAAUGUCCAGGAUGCUGUGUUCUUCACCCCACUGCAUAUCUCAGCUUACUACGGUCAUGAGCAGGUGACGAAGCUGUUGCUGAAGUUUGGGGCGGAUCUGAAUGUGAGUGGGGAGGUGGGAGAUCGGCCAUUGCACCUAGCAGCUGCUAAAGGCUACCUCAAUGUAGUCAAGCUGCUCAUGGAGGAUGGAAGCAAGACAGAUGUCAAUGCUCAGGACAAUGAAGACCAUGUCCCUCUGCACUUUUGUGCACGCUUUGGCCAUCAUGAGGUGGUGCGUUUUCUACUGCAGGGCAAUUUUGAGGUGCAGCCACACUCUGUAAACAUCUAUGGGGACACACCCCUCCACUUGGCCUGUUACAAUGGCAAGUUUGAUGUGGUCAAAGAGAUUAUUCCGUUAUCUGGUACUGACAGCCUGUGCAAGGAGAACAUAUUCAGUGAGACAGCCUUUCACAGUGCCUGCACAUUUGGGAAAAACCUAGAGAUGGUAAAAUUUCUUCUAAGCCAGAAUGCAGUCAGCAUCAAUCAUCAGGGAAGAGAUGGGCAUACAGGGCUGCACAGUGCCUGUUUCCAUGGACACAUCCGACUGGUGCAAUUCCUGCUGGACAGCGGUGCCGAUAUGAACCUGGUGGCCUGUGACCCGAGCAGAUCUAGUGGGGAGAAGGAUGAGCAGACCUGUCUCAUGUGGGCCUACGAAAAAGGCCAUGAUGCUAUUGUCACGCUUCUCAAACACUACAAGCGUCCCCAGGAUGAGUCACCCUGCAAUGAAUAUUCCCAACCAGGUGGAGAUGGGUCCUAUGUGUCUGUUCCCUCUCCACUUGGAAAGAUAAAGAGCAUGACAAAAGAAAAGGCUGACGUGCUCUCGCUCCGAGCCAGCCUCCCAUCACACUUCCACCUUCAGCUGUCCGAACUGGAAUUCAGUGAGAUUAUUGGAUCAGGUUCCUUUGGAAAGGUUUAUAAAGGAAGAUGUCGUAACAGAAUUGUUGCAAUCAAGCGGUACCGCGCCAACACGUACUGCUCCAAGUCAGAUGUGGACAUGUUCUGCCGGGAGGUCUCCAUCCUCUGCCGACUCAACCACCCUUGUGUCAUACAGUUUAUGGGUGCCUGUCUGGAUGACCCGAGCCAGUUUGCCAUUGUCACCCAAUAUGUUUCUGGAGGGUCACUGUUCUCCCUACUGCAUGAGCAGAAGAGGAUCAUUGAUCUGCAGUCUAAGCUCAUCAUCGCCAUUGAUGUUGCCAAGGGAAUGGAGUAUCUCCACAACCUCACUCAGCCAAUCAUUCACCGGGAUCUCAACAGUCACAACAUCUUGCUUUAUGAGGAUGGCCAUGCAGUAGUUGCUGAUUUUGGAGAAUCAAGAUUCCUUUUGUCCAUGGAUGAAGACAAUAUGACCAAGCAACCUGGGAACUUGCGCUGGAUGGCCCCAGAGGUGUUCACCCAGUGUACACGCUAUACUGUCAAGGCCGACAUGUUCAGCUAUGCUCUUUGUCUGUGGGAGCUGUUGACUGGAGAGAUCCCAUUCGCCCAUCUCAAACCUGCUGCUGCAGCAGCAGACAUGGCCUACCACCACGUCAGACCUCCCAUUGGCUACUCGAUCCCCAAGCCUAUCUCCUCUCUGCUAAUGAGGGGCUGGAAUGUAUGCCCAGAGGACAGGCCCGAGUUCUCUGAAGUGGUUGCAAAAUUGGAGGAGUGCCUGUGCAAUGUGGAGCUGAUGUCUCCGGCUUCCAGUAACAGCAGCGGCUCCUUGUCCCCCUCCUCCUCCACCGACUGCCUGGCAGCUCGCGGUGGGCCGGGUCGCAGUCACGUGGCAGCGCUGCGCUCCCGCUUCGAGCUGGAGUACGCCCUCAACGCCCGCGCCUACGCCGUGUGGUCCCAGAGCACUGCACGGCGUUCUUCUCAAGGCCUUUCUCUGGAUGAACUAAGGAAAAGUAUGCAGUAUCCACCUAUUGACAGAAAUGGCUAUGUUUCUGAUCCAAUGAGUACAAUGCGCCUCCACUCUUGCAGCAGCAAUGGUAGCUUUGAGGACAGCAACUGAAUCCUUACCUCGGGUCCAGAGUACAGAAUAUUCAAAUGUCUAACUGCUUUUUUGUGAGGUGUGAUAAUCAGCCUUUAACUAAUUUCGUUUGAGAGCAGCUACCAAAAGCAAAUGCAUGCACUUGAGGAAUGUGCAUUUCUUUUCAUACUUUCUUUACCACGUGUCAUGUUUGACAGUCAGUAGAUUGUACUUAUGUGUGUUUUUGAAUCAUUUAUUUGGCACAGUAUUUCCACAUUACAUGUGAUAUCUUGUAAAUAUACCUUUUUAGGGUUUUUUUUAGGUUUUGUUGCAUUGAUUUUGCACAUUACACUGGUGUUUUUCUGUCUGCAUCAAAUGCGUAAUUGUCAAUAUAAAUGAGUAAAAACAGUCAUAGUGCUUCAUC